AUGUGCUGGCUAGCAGGAGCAGCAGCACGUGGACCUGGCAGGCUGCUGCUGCUGGCGCUGCUUGGGGCGGCGCUCCUGGCGCGGCCGGCGCGCCCGUCGCCGACGCCUGAGAUCAGCCCCACCGUGUACGUGGGCGGCAUCCAGGACCUGAAGCUGGACUCGAGCGGCGCCUCCAAGUGCUCCUGCCUGGUGGACGGCGUGGCCGGCUACCAGGCCUUCACCCGUGCCCAAUUCCUGGUCAGCCAGCUGUGGUGGGACAGCGGGCCGCGCGACCCGCCCCCGGGCUGGGCCGGCUGCGACGACUACGAGCUGUCAACAUACUACUGCUUCUCGCGGUUCAACUCCACCGAUGUGGAGUACUGGGCAUACCAAACAGAUCCCGCCACGCGCAUCGCCGAGCCGGUCACGCAGCCCCAGAUUGCUGAGUUCAGCGGGCUGCUGGGGCGCUGCCUGGAGCAUGCGAUCGGCCUGGGGCUGGAUGUGGCCAUCAAUGUGCACGCCGACGACGGGCGGGCGCAGAACGGGUGGCGCAACACGCUGGCGUUUGACCCGCUGCAGCCCGCCAGCGGCUUCUCCUUCUUCGACAUCAUGCUGGCUCCCAUCGCCGACGCCCUCAACCUCGGCGAGAUGGGCGCCACCGUGUUCCUCUACCCAUGGCAGUGGGCUGAGGCAGCAGACAUGGUGCGGGAGCGCAUCGAGCAGGGGCGCCCUGAGCUGGCGGGCCGGGUCAAGCUGGGCCUGGGCAUCAACAACUCCAAGCUGUGCGGCUGCGUGCUGAUUGACAUUGUAAACUAUGACGAGUACCUGGCAGCCUUUGCGCCCCUGUGGCCCUCGAUCGAGGGGUGGUUCGACCUGGCGGGCAUCCGAGCCGCCUUUGAGGCCGUUGACUAUGUGGGCAUCAGCGCCUAUGUGCCGCAGUCCCGCGUCGACUUCCAGCCCUGCGACAUGGAGAGCCUGAUGCGCAAGAUGGAUGUCGAGUUGGCCUACUACAACCUCACCCUGAGGGAGCUGCUGGACAUGGGCAAGGAGAUCCACUGGAUUGAGUGGGGAAUCGGCGGCGGCGCCACCAACAACGGCGACACCCCCGCCGCCACGGCGCUGGAGGCGGCCUAUUACCCCUACUGGGGGGUGUGGGGGGCCUACAACGUGUCGCGCGACCCCUGGCAGACGCCCGCCGUGCGGGACUACAUGCGCCACUACAUCCAGCAGACCAGCAGCUACCUCUUGCAGGGCGGAUGCGAGUACCGGGUGGAGGGUGUGUACCUGUGGACCACCGGCUCCUCCUGGGACAUCAUCGGCCUGGCCAACCCCGUGUACGGCAAUGCCGGCAGCUUCAGGGAUGAGGUGGCGCUGGAGACCAUCCGCGCACACAACCAGGCGGUGCGGGAGCUGGAGGCUGAGGCUGGGGAGGGGGCGGCAGAGGACGCAGAGCCGCCCCUGCCGGAGCAGCCCGCGGUGGUGGCAGCAGACCAGCCGGCAGGCCCGCCUGCUCCCAUGGGCGGCGCUGCUGCUGCCACCAGGGCCGGGGCCUGA